AGGCCUAUUCAUUUUACAGCCGAUGAAGUAAAUGAUGGAAGGGGAAGAAAAAGAAUUCUACAACAUCUUGGACUAUGAGCAAGAAGCAGCGAAGAUUCUUCCUCCAGAAUUCACUGUGUACUAUAACUUCGCCAGAGAGAGGGGCUGGUGCUACCAAGAUUCCAUGAAAGCAUUUUCAAGAUAUAGAAUUAGGGCGCGGAACUUGGAGGAUGUAUCGCAACGAUCUUUGUCCACCACCAUCCUAGGGGAACCCAUCCCUCAUCCUAUUGGGGUUGCACCUACUGCCUGGCAUGCCGCGGCACACCCACAAGCGGAAACGGAAACAGCAAAAGGUGUGGCUGAGGCCGGCGCCCUUUUUAUCCUCUCGAUGAAUUCUACUUCCUCCAUUGCCGAAGUUGCCGAGGCAACAUCGAAUAGCUUAAAAUGGAUGCAAAUCUAUCUUUGUACCGAUCGCCUCCUGACCCAACAUGUGGUUCGUGAAGCAGAGAGGGCGGGCUUCAAGGCCCUAGUGAUAACUGUGGACUCACCACGCUCGGGGAGGGACAAGAAAUGCUAUGACAUCUUGGGAAGAAGUACCAAGGCAAACUCAUCAUCUUUCUGCAUGAAAAACUUUGAUGCCGAUAUACCGUCUGCCAGGGAAGCCAAAGAGUCGGGGGACAUCAAUUUCAAUAAUUACAGUUCACGUGUGCAAUUCAAUAAUAAAGCCACGUGGGACGAUGUAAGAUGGGUGAAAUCGAUCACAUCUCUGCCUAUCGUUUGUAAAGGCAUCCUUUCAGCUGAAUCGGCACAGGAAGCUGCUAACGCUGGGGUUGAUGGGAUACUGGUGUCAGCUCAUGGUGGAAGACAGAUGGAUGGUGCUCCUGCUCCGAUCGAUGCCUUGCCUGAGGUAGUCGAAGCAGUACGCGGUCGUGGCGUAGAGGUAUAUAUGGACGGAGGAGUAAGGACUGGGACGGAUGUCUUCAAAGCCCUUGGAAUGGGGGCAAGAGCGGUAUUUGUAGGGAGACCUAUUCUGUGGGGACUAGCUUGCAAGGGGGCAACGGGCGUUACUCACGUUUUGGAAAUUCUGCGAAGUGAGUUAGAGUCAGUCUUUGACAAUAGCGGUUGUACACGUCCUGAUAUGAUCCCACCCGGUAUGGUCGUUCAUGAAUCAUACUACCAUCAUCCAUUACAAAGCAAAAUAUGAAAUAGAUAGGCCUAAAGUAAACAAAUACUUGCCAUCUUCAGACUGUAGAUCUUCUGACUGGAGUGUAACGUUAUGGUUAUGUUCCGCCCACCACAAUCAGCAAUCGCCUUUUUUCGAGUCAAACAUAUACAAUUCUUCACAU